CAUCUCUGUUCCCAGACCCGGGGGGCCCCCGGCGCUCCCUGUCCUUCCUGACUGAGGAUGCCACCGAAGGCAGCAUCUGUGCUGUGCUCCCCGAGGCCGGGUCCCUGCUGCAGGAGCCAGGGGGCUGCAGUGGUUUGAGGGGGUCCCUCCCAUCCCUCUCCAUCCCCUCCCUUGCCCCAUGGCUCCAGGGGGACCCCGAAGGCUCAGCUGUGCCCCCGCAUCCCCUCGCCUCCAGCACGCUGCUCUCGGACGGGGAUGAGCCCAGGGAGGGACCCCGGAGCAGGACCACGGUGGGAGGUUCAGGGGGUACCCCCAAGGUUCUCCCCCAGCCCUGCCCUCGGGUUGUGCCCAGUCCCUGUCCCCCGCAGCUCUUUGGUCCGGAUGGGUCCCUGCGCCGGCCCCAGCGCCGCAGCAGGGGCUGGGGGACAGCCGGGGCAGUGCCUGAGCCCCCCGGGCACGGUGGCAGCCCUGGGGACAGCAGCAGUGACUGCGAGUGCUUCGUUAGUGCCCUGGAGACCCUGGGCACUCGGUGCUGCUGCUCCGUGGGGCUGGGGCUGAGGGAAGCCCCUUCCCCACACGGAGCUGACCCCACGGAGCUGCCCCCCCCCGGCAUCCCCCCAGCCCCAGAGCUGGUGUGGGAUGGGGGUUCUGGGGGAGCCCCUUGCUGUGAGGAUGCUUCGGACACGGGUGAUGUAGGGGAGAUCCUCACCCAGCUCCAGGGGUGCAGGCUCCAGGGGUCACCCCCCUCCACCCCAGGGCCUCUUCCCAGGCUCGUCCCCAGUGGGGAUGUGAUCCCGCAGGAGCCCCCCAUGUACCGACAUGUCACCCCCCGGACCCGCAGCCGCCUCCUGGCCUCUGCAGAGCACUUCGGUGCCUCCUCUUCCUCCUCCGUUUCCGAUGACACAUUGGAGAUGCCGCAGAGGCCCCAUAGGGUCAGAGCCCCCCGGGGUGCCCCCAGGGAUCCUGCUGCCACCCCAGGGUGCUGUGUCACCCCACAGGGCACAGAUGAGUGCAGUGGGGACGGAGAGGAGACAGAGUCUGUGGGUGACACUGUGCUCCUCCCCAGAGCCUCCAGCAGCUCCCCUGGUUCCAGCCCCACCGUGCUACUGGUCCCUGGGCAUCAUGGGCAUCCCCAGUGUCCUCCAUCAGAUGCUCAUGGCUCCAGCCCCACGGUGCUGCUGGUCCCUGGGCAUCAUGGGCAUCCCCAGUGCCCUCCAUCAGAUGCUCAUGGCUCCAGCCCCACGGUGCUGCUGGUCCCUGGGUACCCCCAGCCCCCCCCAGAUGCUCAGGGCUCCCCAUGUGCCACCUUCAGGGACAAUGAGGAGGAGGGUGGCUCUGGCUGCCAGGACCCUUUGCCCUUGGGGGCACCGCAGCCCCCGUGGCUCCACAGGCGCUUCUGCCGUCUUUUGGCACCGCGGGUCCCGGCUGUGCCCCCCAGCACCGAAGAGCCCCUCAAGUGUGAGGAGCAGGACCAAGCACCCACUGAGCACCACAGCCCUGGCAAUGGGGACAUGGCAUCACCGCGGCUGCUCUCGGAUGAAGAGCUGCGCCGGCAGCUGCGGGCACUGGGGGAUGAGCCAGGGCCCAUCACGGUGCUCACCAGACAGCUCUACCUGCGGCGGCUGGAGGAGCUGCUGAGGACAGCCCAGAACAGGCCAGUGGGGCACAGCCCCGAGCUGGCAGCCGCACUGCAGAGCGGCCUCAUCCCUGACUGCAGCCAGGACGAGCUGGUGCUGAGGCAGGAGUUCGACCGCCCCGACCGGAGCCGGCACUGGCGACAAGGGCUGGUCAAGUCCAGCUUCAACUACCUCCUCCUCGACCCCAGGACCACCCAGAACCUGCCCCUCCGCUCGCACCACCUGAGCCCGGCCGAGUGCUUCAGGACCUUCAUCCAGGCCAUCUUCUACGUGGGCAAGGGGACCCGCACGCGGCCCUACAGCCACCUCAGCGAGGCGCUGGGGCAGCACCGCGCCGGCACGCAGAGGGGCUGUCCCAAGGUGAGGCGCAUCCUGGAGAUCUGGGCGAGCGGGCAUGGGGUGGUCUCUGUGCACUGCUUCCAGAGCACGGUCCCAGCGGAGGCUUACACACGGGAAGGAUGCUUGGUGGAGGCUCUGGGGCUGCACACCAUCACCAACCAGCGGAAGGGGCUGUGUUAUGGUGCCGUGGCACGCUGGCCGGCGGUGCGGCGCCGGCGCCUGGGGGUUCACAUGCUGCACAGGGCCAUGAGCAUCUUCCUUGCUGAGGGCGAGCGGCAGCUGCGGCCGGUGGACAUCCAGGGUGGGCGCUGAGCAGCCUGGGGUGCUGUGCUGGGGCAGCCCAUGCCUGCGGGUGCCUGUGCUAUGGGUGCGGGUUUGAUGUCUGAGCACUGCUGAGAGCUUCCCUCUUGCUCUCCAAGGGGGAUAAAUAAAUCACUGCAGGUCUUU